AUGCCCAUCCUCGAUAACAUCCCUCUGCGCCGGUGUUACCUGAUUUACCCCAUUCUCACCCGGGUGUUGACAAUAGUUUCCGCUGCGUAUCACCGUCCGAUGCCAUCCGAGCUGGUGUCAGUCGACGGCGUCUGGAAGACCAUCGACGACCCACUCCUGCUUGAUGGAGUGGCGCAUUCCGACUUUGACGCAGCCUUCAACGCAGCAGAACACACCGCUUGGUCACCAUAUUCACCCAGUCCUCAUUACCCAGCGAACCCCGAAUCGGAUGGAAUGCAAUAUAUACACACCCAUGAGAUGCCAAUGUCCCCUUCGACCUUUUUUCAAGGUCCUUCGACUAGCUCCUACCCAAUGAUGAACCAGGGUCACUUUCCCUAUGAAACACCGAUCGCGCCGCCAAACACGGAGACCGUUCAAGGUGCAUCCACUCAUCAUCCAGCCCCUUGGUCGACAACACAGGAUAUUAUUUAUAACGAUAUUUUGAACAGCCCCAACAAGCCAAGUGAACUCGACGUGGCGGCAAACAAUGCAUUGAUAGCACUCCUACUCAAAACUACUUUUGGCAAGUUCCAAGAGAAAUCGCAAGGCGCCCAGAUUACUCCGCAAAUGACUAUAAGCCAAAGAAAUCGCCACAUGACAUUGCCGAUGGUGUUGGAUGCUUCGAUCGAUUUUUCAAAGAAGCUACUACGAGUCGCAGAUUCUACAAGUUCAGCACGUCAAACAAUACCCCUUGAUGAUUGUGAUUUGGCAUACAAGAAUUUGAUGGCGUGGAUGUACGAUUUGCAUAUGCGAAUUUUAGACAGGGCCAACCUACCCGCCUACGCAUACAGGUUACAGCACGACAACUUGUUCAACUGGUUGGAAAACCAGGUCUUUAACCCUCAGAAUGGUCUUCCAGUCAUGGGGAGGAUUGACUACAUUCCAGGAUUUUUUGAUUGGAAAGACCAUCAUUUUGGCCCUACUCAGCUACAAUUGAUCAACUACUUCGCCCAACCUUGUCGCAGCAAUACCCUAGUGUCAACUACCGCCUCGAGUCUUGUGAGAAAAUUUUUGUAUGAGAAUCCAAAUGGCUAUCUAGCCUCGAAGUACGAUCCGGAAACUUCUAUCCGAGAACCCAUAAAUCCAGAAUUUAUGGUAAUCAACUCUUUCUUAGUCGGCCACAAACUGCCAGAUUACAGCCUCAAUGACGAGCUCAAUUUUUUGAUUGAGCAACACUUCAAAAAAAUGUGGAAUCCACUAACUACAAACACAAUGACGCCAAAAACCUACCAUCCCAAGUUACCUGUAGCGAUGUACUGCGUCAACAAGGGGCCAAACGAACAGAUUAUCCGAGUUUUGGCCAGGCAAGAUAAUCAACGGCCGCGACAGCUUAACAAGAGAGAGUUACAGCCGAGGUUUAAAAUUUUAUUCAAUGUGGCUGAUUUUGCCCACGCCAAGAUCCUCAGUAUUCUGCCACGCAAGAAUAAGUCCGAGGAAAUGGAAAGAAGAAAAGAAUGUUUCAACUGGCUCCUCACAAGUAUCACCAAUCCAAGCAAUGAUAUUCCUGUCAUGGGGACUUGCAAAAUUCACAGAGGUUUUGCCCCAUGGGAGGGAACUCAUCACCACCAACGCAAGAAAUUUGGACAAGUUCAACUACGAUUAAUUGAAUACUUUUCGGAAAUUAUCUCAAAACCUGAGUUAGAUCAAUUGACAACAUUCCUCAUCUGUUCAUUUUAUCAAGAAAAACAUCCUGAUGUUUAUAGAUUUUUAUUGCAACACUCUCGAGUCUCAACAAGAUAUCAAUUACAUUUUGACUAUGGCAUAAUUUGA